AUGUUCAAAACUGUUUUGACAGAAAAAAAAGAACUUGUUAAUAUUUUCCAUUAUACACCAUCGAUUGUCAAUGGUAAUACACCUUUGGUAAUUUUUGUUCCUGGUAAUCCUGGUAUCAUAAAUUUUUACUCAAAUUUUUUGAGAAGUUUAGUUGAAAAAUAUCCAAAGUAUGAAAUAUAUGGCUUAUCCCAUCGAGGAUUUACUGGUGGUGAUAGUAACUUUGGUGAAUUGUAUGAUUUAAAUCAACAAGUAGAGAACACAAGAUUCUUACUAAGCAAUAUACUGAAUGAUAGAAAGGGGGCUAAUGAUAAUAAUAAUACACAAAGACCUCUAAUAUUAAUGGGUCAUUCGAUGGGAUGUUAUGUCUUACAAAAAAAUAUCAUUGAAAAUUACCAAUUAAAUUAUAAAAAAAUAAUUUUUUUUAUGCCAACUAUUGUCGACAUUCAUAAAAGUGAAGCUGGUUCCAAAUUAAACUUGGUUUUCAAAAUAUUGCCUGCUUUCUAUUUAUUAGUUGGCGGACUUGUCACAUUAGCUAUUAAUUGGCUUAAAUUAGGCUGGGUCUUCCAAAUAAUUAGCAAAAAGUUUUACGAAGGAUAUGUAAUUCAGAAUCAAAUCUAUGAUUUUAUUACGUCUUCAUAUUUUACUAAACAGGCUUUAUAUUUAGCUAAGCAUGAAAUGAAUCAAAUUCGUGAUCAGUGGAAAGAUCAACACAUCUUUAAGAAUAUCAUAAUUGGUAAUAACAAAGAUAUUUUUGAAAUGUGGUUCGCUGGAAAGGACCAUAGAACAUUCAUUUCCAUUGCGUGA